UGGCGGAUAUCAAAGUGUUUACCUGAGGAUUUUGGAAUAAAUUCGCUUAUUUUAUGGCUUAAAUGAAAAGGAAAUGGCAGCGGUUUUCCUGGUGACCUUGUAUGAGUACUCACCACUGUUUUACAUUAGUGUGGUGUCUUUGUGCUUCGUUAUUACUGCCGCCAUGGUGCUCGGCUGGUUUGGGUUUGAUGUUCCGGUGAUCUUACGCAGCUCUGACGAGACAGAGUCCAUCCUACCAACUCCUGAGAAGCAAAUGGUCCAGGUGACCAAUCCCUUCUGCCUGGAGAUGUGCUCUGGGCCAAUGUCAGUCACUGAUGGUGUAUUUCUGAGGGCUUGCUGCUUGGAGCCCUGUAUCUUGAGCUGUUUUUGGGGCUGUGAGAUUGGCGCCCUGCAAGGAGCGCUGCAGGCUCACCAGCAUGGCCCGAGACUCAGCACCCCCAGACAUUUCCAAGAGGCCCUGCGCUUCCUCUACUCCUACUGCCAGAGCUUCUCUAUCAGCAGUGAAGACAGAGAGGGGCACCAUACACAGAUUCCAGCUGACCAAGGGAUCAGAGAUUUUGGGCUGUUGCCGAGGAGAUGCUACCCCCUAGUGGCUGUGCUGACACUGGCAGAGCAAGAAGCCAGGGACACGUACAACAUUGUGGCCAGUGUGACAGUUAUUCAUGUUCCUGAUGACAAAUACAGCCUGUCUGCAAGGAUCGUCUUUCAGUACCUUUUCACCUCACAGGGGAACAUGUAUGAGCUAAAGCCUCUCUUCAUGUCAGCUGGCAGUGAGGGGGCAUCUGGGUCUCCUGAAUCAGACCAUAACAUCCAACAACCUGGUGAACCCACAGAGGAGGAGGCCAGCAGAGUGGAGCCGGUGCUAGAGGAAGAAGAAGAGGAGGAGGUGGAGAAGGAGGAGGAGGAGGAUGAGGAAGAGGAGGACUGGUCAGAUGGGAGGGGCAGAGACUGUGUAGUGUGUCAGAAUGCAGCAGUGAACAGAGUGCUGCUGCCCUGCAGACACGCCUGUGUGUGUGACAGCUGCGUGUCUCACUUCCAGCACUGCCCCAUCUGCAGGGCCUUUGUCCUGGAGUCCUUCGCCCUGGCACAGGGUGUAGCUGCUGGAGAGCAAUGACUCCGUGUACAGCAAGAGAAGUUCCCCAGAUAAUGUGCAGGAAUCAUGGAAUCAUAAGUUCCAUGAGUAAAAAAAAAAGGUCGCUAAGAUGCAAAGGUACAGGUGCACUGCAGCAACUGCAACAAUAUAAAAAAACUCCAUUAGACUGUAUCUAGCAUUUCAAACAUUUUAAGAUAUAUGAAGAAAAAUAAGGAGAAUGAAGUCUUACCUUUCAGGCUGCAGUUUAGCACCAUCCUUUCUGUUGCAGCUGCCAGCAGAGAUACAGGUAUUGAAUGUGAGGCUGUCUACAUAUGAUUACUGGCAGAAUCUGUGUACGACUUGAACCAUGAUGCUGUGUCCAAAUGUCCCUCUACAUACUGUAUACAGUAGGCACUAAUCUGUACUAGAGCCUGACCGAUACUGGAAUUUUGGGGCCAAUGCAAGUACCGAUAUGAGGGUGUAAAAAUAUUCCGAUAUCAAUACAUCGGCCAAUAAUCUGAUAUAUACAGAAUAUAUACAUAAACACUUUUUUUUCUUCAAAUGUGGUUACAAAACACUUGUGACAAAGAUAUGAAACGGAGGCAUGAGUUACAGUUUAAAAAUAAACCACAUUUUUCUGAAAGUGCACUUAAACAGUAAACCUCACUGGGAAUUUAAUAUGUAUAUAUUAAACUUGAAUUAGGAAAAAAGAUUAAAUAUACAUAUAAUGCUGCCUUUGUAUCUUUAAAAAAAUAUCAGCACAUAUUGGACGGCAUCAACACAGAUAUGAUACAUCUGCGAUAGGUCAAUAUCGGCUGAUAAUAUCAACUGACCCAUAUAUCGGUCGGGCUCUAAUCUGUACUUUUAGUAUACAAGAAAUGGAAAUACUUGACCACUUCAUACUAAUAGGACAUGUAUGAUAGUAUCAGACAUCAGUUGCUACUUACUAUCAGUUGAAACUCACAAAGAAGUGAUUUUGCACAGUUUGGUUUUUUUUUGUGAGAUCUUAUUGGAGCUGUUUUACCACCUUCUUGCAGCUGUGUGCGUACAUCAUGGAGCAAUUCUAUACAACAAUAGCAUACUCCAAAGUGUUUUUAAGUCUGCAUACUGAUAUCUUAGAAUUAAGAUACAGCUGCAUUUUUUCAGUGGAGAGAGCGAUGACAUUUAUCUCACAUUUGAACGGUAACUGCAUUCGCAAACCUUAUACGAACAGAGGUUAGAAACAUGCUCAACACUCCUUUCAGCAACAGACAUGACAUCUCCAUGGUUACACUCAUAGAAAUACAUGGACUGUUUAAGGUAUUAUGGUCACAGAGCAGCUAAACUGUUUAUAUGGGAGCUUCAUUACAUUACUUUAGCCUGUAAUGAUUUAAUUUGAAUGAACAUGAAGUAUAAGUGAUGAUGUUAUAUUAACUAGAUGAUAUACAGACACUGAACUAAGCACAGCAUGAGUUCAGAUUAAGAAGUUGCUUUCAUGUAUGUAAAAAAUGUAGAUAAAGAUUGACUGAUAUUUACAUGUACAGAUUGUUUACUCUUUCUUUUGGAUGUGUUUGUUUUUAAAGAGAUUGAGCAAGUUGAGUUUGACCUCUUUUACAGGACCGGUGCAGUAUUCACCUGCCACAAUGAAAUCCUCAUCUUUAAUCUGAUUCAGUGUGAAUGAUAGCGAAGAACUGAAGGCUUGACAUUAAAUGUGUUAUUAUCGCUCA